UUUAGUGAGUCAGUCAUUUCAUUCAUAGACAUGCCGCAACAGGUUCACCUUUAUCACUCGUGGCUAGAGUAGGUCAGCUGUGCAGCUUUAUCAUUUUGAGUCACGGUUAGCGACUGACGUUUAAAUUUGCACUAAAACUCAACGAUGCCUACGUAUAAAUUGACGUAUUUUGAUUUCCACGGAAGAGGCGAGCUGGCUCGCCUGAUUUUCGCAAUUGCAGGCGUGCCGUAUGAAGAUGAGCGAAUUAAGCAGGAGCAGUGGCCGGAGCUUAAAUCAAAAAUGCCUAACGGCCAGAUGCCUGUUCUAGAAGUAGACGGCAAAAUGUACAGUCAAAGCUUGGCUAUCGCCCGUUAUCUAGCAAAUGAAUUUAAUUUAAUGGGAAAUACCAAUUUAGAAAAUCUACGAAUUGACGAAGUUUGUGGAACGAUUCAAGAUCUGAUUGGCUGCUAUGUUAAAUGUGUCAUCAGGAACAAAGAGAAAGAUGAAACUCUAUUCGCAGAGUUCAGAGAAAAGGAUAUUCCACAGUAUCUGAAGAUUUUCGAGAGCUUUCUUAACGAGAACGAAAAUGGUGUGUUUGUUGGAAACAAGGUUAGAUCAUUAUGCAUUUACACACUUGUGUGUUAUUCAUGUACUGUAUUGAAUUCAAUCAAUCUAAUUAGAAUUCAAUUUUCGUUUUAUUAUCCUCGUCCUUAAUUUAGGUUCAAGCAG